AUGUCUGAGAAGUCUGGAUUCAUUUGGGCCGUGAGGACUGGUGAUGUGAAGGGCGUCCAGGAUGGCCUUUCUAAGGGCGAGAACGUGAACCAGGUCGAUGAGACCGUGAACAGGCGCACGCCUCUUCACCACGCCGCUGACUUUGGUCACGCCGAGGUCCUCCAGAUGCUCAUCGCCAAGGGCGCUGACGUGAACGCUCAGGAUGCUUUCGGCAUUACGCCCCUCCUGGCCGCCGUCUACGAGGGUCACACCGAGGCUGUGCAGGUGCUGGUCAAGGCCAAGGCUGACGUGAACGCCAAGGGACCUGAUGGCAUGAGCGCUCUCGAGGCUGCCGAGAAGGAUGAGGUCAAGGCCAUUUUGAAGUCUGCUGGUGCCAAGUAA